GACAUCACCACAGGUCCUUUACCCCCUCCAGCAGCACAUCCUGGAGCCUGACUCCUCCCACACAUGAUCACAUGGCCAUGACAUCAUGAAAGGUCCUUUAGCCCACCAGUCUCUGGUCUCCAGUGGAGGUUCCUACAAUAUAGGAUCCGCUCAGUGGAGAUCUUCUAUAUAAGAUCCUUCUUCUGAUUGACCAAUCAAGGAUGGAUAGGGACAGAGACAAUAUGGCGGAGAGUAUAAUAAAUCUCACCCUAGAGAUCCUCUUCCGGCUUACUGGAGAGGACUACACAGUAGUGAAGAAGACAUCUGGUGAGCGCUGUCAGGACCCUGUGUCUGAAGGAUGGGGAAGAACCCUGAGCCUAAUCACAGGGCCUCCACCUCCCCUCCUGAUACAUGAGAAAAUCAAUAGAGAGAAGAUCCUAGAACUCACCAACAAGAUGAUUGAGCUGCUGACUGGAGAGGUUCCUAUAAGGUGUCAGGAUGUCACCAUCUAUUUCUCCAUGGAGGAGUGGGAGUAUUUAGAAGGACACAUAGAUCUGUACAAGGACAUCAUGAUGGAGGACCACUGGCCUCUAACAUCACCAGUUAUAUCCAGUAAGAUGACAACACUGGAGAGAUGUCCCACUCCUUUUCUUCCACAGGAUGGUUCAGAAGAACAUCACAAUGUCCCACGGGAUGAUGAUCAGCUUGUGAAUCCGGGUGAAGAGCUCAACAUUAUAUAUAUUACAGAGACACAUGUGAGGGGUGCUGAGCAGAUUCCAGAGGACAUUCUUACAGAUAUCCACCCAGAUGACUGUAACAGGAGCUCAGAACAACAUCUGGUGUCUUCACAUUUUAAAGCAGAAGAUCAUGUUGUCACACAAGAUACCUGUGAAAAACAUGCCAUUAUCACACAUGUACCCUAUGACAUUCAUAGCAAAAAUCCAUCAUCUGAUGCUAUGAAACACACGGAAGAGAAGCCAUUUUCAUGUUCAGAAUGUGGGAAAUGUUUUGCUUCCAAAAAGACUCUUGUUAUGCACCAGAGAAUUCACACAGGAGAGAAGCCAUAUUCAUGUUCAGAAUGUGAGAGAUGUUUUGCUUGGAAAUCAGAUUUCAUUAGGCAUAAGAGAAAUCAUACAGGGGAGAAGUUUUUAUGUUCGUAUUGCGGGAAAUGUUUUAACCAGAAAUCAGAUCUUGUUAUACAUCAGAGAUGCCACACUGGGUCGAAGCUAUUUGCAUGUACAGAAUGUAAUAAAUGUUUUAACCAGAAAUCAGAUCUUGUUAGACAUCAGAGAAUUCACACAGGGGUAAAGCCAUUUUCAUGCCCAGAAUGUGGGAAAUGUUUUACUCAAAAAUCAAGUCUUGAUUACCAUCAGAGAACUCACAUAGGAGAGAAGCCAUUUUCAUGUUCAGAAUGUGGGAAGUGUUUUACGUUAAAAUCAAUUCUUCUUAAACAUGAGACACGUCACAUGGGGGACAAGCCAUUUUUAUGUUCAGAAUGUGGGAAAAAUUAUAGCUCUAAAUCAGCUCUUCUCAUUCAUCAGAGAAUUCACACAGGGGAGAAGCUAUUUUCAUGUUCUGAAUGUGGGAAGUGUUUUACAUUGAAAUCAAAUCUUCUUAAACAUGAGAGACGUCACACAGGGGACAAGCCGUUUUUAUGUUCAGAAUGUGGGAAAAAUUAUAGUUCUAAAUCAGCUCUUCUCAUUCAUCAAAGAAUUCACACAGGGGAGAAGCCAUUUUCAUGUUUAGAAUGUGGGAAAUGUUUUAACAAGAAAUCAAAUCUUGUUACACAUAAGAGAACUCAUACAGGGGAGAAGCCAUUCUCAUGUUCAGAAUGUGGGAAAUGUUUUAACAGGAAAUUACAUCUCGUUACACAUCAGAGAAUUCACACAGGAGAGAAGCCAUAUUCAUGUUCCGAAUGUGGGAAAUGUUUUACUUGGAAAUCAUAUUUUGUUAAACAUCAGAGGAGUCACACAGGGGAGAAGCCAUGUUUAUGUUCAGAAUGUGGGAAAUGUUUUACAAACAGAUCAAAUCUUUUGAAACAUAGGCAUAUUCACACAGGGGUGAAACCACAUUCAUGUUCUGAAUGUAGGAAAUGUUUUACCCAAAAGUCAGCGCUUGUUAUGCAUCAAAGAACUCACACAGGGGAGAAGCCAUUUUCAUGUUUAGAAUGUGGGAAAUAUUUUACUUCAAAAUCAGCUUUUGUUAGACAUCAGAAGAUUCACACAGGGGAGAAGCCAUAUUCAUGUUCUGAAUGUAGGAAAUGUUUUACCCAGAAGUCAGCGCUUAUUACGCAUCAAAGAACACACACAGGGGAGAAGCCAUUUUCAUGUUUAGAAUGUGGGAAAUGUUUUACUACAAAAUCUGCUUUUGUUAGACAUCGGAGGAGUCACACAGGGGAGAAGCCAUUUUCAUGUUCAGAAUGUGGGAAAUGUUUUACUUCGAAAUCAAAUCUUGUUACACAUCAGAUAAUUCACACAGGAGAGAAGCCAUAUUCAUGUUUAGAAUGUGGAAAAUGUUUUAACAGGAAAUCAAAUCUUGUUACACAUCAGAUAAUUCACACAGGGGAGAAGCCAUAUUCAUGUUCUUAAUGCGGGAAAUGUUUUAACUGGAAAUCAAAUUUUGUUAGACCAAGAGAAUGUUCACAAGGAAAAAGCCAUUUUUAUCACAUCUUUCUAAACAUCAAAGAACUCACACAGGGGAGAAGCCAUUUUCUUUCGUUAAACUAAAGAAAAAUAUCACUUACAGUCAAAGUAAAGUCAUGUCACACAAACGAAAGAGAAAUCAAGAUUCAUAAAUGAUGAUUAUGAAAUGUAUGUACUAAUUACCAAUCAAUGUCUCUUAUCCAAAAAGCAAAAAUAAUCCAGAUAACUCACCUAUAUAUCCACCAUAUGCAGAGAAUAUUUUACAUUCAUUUAUUUAACUAAAUAUUAAAACUUGUUUCCAAUUAUUAAAAAUAUUUGC